CCUCGUCUGUUUCAACACUCUCACCGAGCCGCUCGGUGGAUCGAUCCGGGUGGAAGAAACCGGGACGUUAUACAUACGCGUAUCUCAUCGUCGAUUGUCGAUCCUCUACUUCGAGAGGACAUAGAAAAGGAGAGUAGAGAGAGAGGGAAAAAGACAAAAAGAGAGAGAGCCAUGAGACUAGCGGUGCUGACGUUGCUAUGCUGUCUGGCGAUAGGGUCACUCGCCUCGCCGGUAGCCAAGAUCGCUGACAGCAAGGUGUCGACUCAGAAUCUCGUUGCAACCGGCAGGCAAUCCCCCGCGGCACCAGCUCCCGCUGCCGCUGCUCCCGCUGCCGAUGACGACGACGAUGACGAUGACGAUGAUGAUGACGACGUCGAUCUAGAUAUUACCGGGGAUGACGAUGACGAUGACGAUGACGACGACGAUGACGACGACGACGACGAUGACGAUGAUGGUGAUUACUUGGAGCGUUUCAUCGAAGAUAUACUUGGAGGAGAGGACGAUGACGAUGAUGACGAGGAUGAACCUAUCGUACCAGUUUCACCUGCCGUACCCGCCGCGACCGCGACUUCUCCACCAGCAGCUCCCGUCAAUUCACCGCAAGUACCGCUCUCCGUGGCGGCCGAUUUGAAUGAAGAGGCCGAAAAUGCUGCGGUAGAAAGCGAAACAGACAAUUCCGAUAGCUACGAGAACGAGGAAAGUGCCGAGGACCAACCCUCCAACGUGCAGGACUCGACGCUCGAAACUGCCGAGUCCAUCUCGAAUCCGGUAUCGGUAAAUGCCAUCGGGACGGCGCCCGUCGCACCCGCUGCUCCGAUCUUGAGCGAGGAGGACGAUGACGAUGACGAUGAUGACGAUGACGAUGUGGAUCUGGAUCUUACGGAGGACGACGACGACGACGACGAUAGCGAGGAGGACGAUGACGAUGAUGAUGAGGAUGAUGAAGUGGAUGAAAUCGCCGAUAUUGCCAGCGCUAGGCACGCACGUGGCGUGGAAUCCGAACCAAGCGCACUUGUGCCGGCGAUUUAUGUGGCAAAAUACAAUCGUUUCGUCGAUCAAAUUCUCGGCAAGAUCAACAACAUUCUGCGCGCCAAUUACGAGCCGGUGACCGUUAAACUAACGAAUUCAGGCUCCAAAUCGAACAAGAACAAAAGCAAGAGCAAGAGAAAGGGCAGCAAGAAGAACGGCACCAAGAAGAGCGCCUCAAGGCCGAUCGACGUGACUGCCGUCACUGAGAAAAGUGUCCACGAAAAUGACAUCGAGAAAGUAAUACAGACCACUGAACUCGUAACGGAAACGGCAGCUGUGACGGAAAAGGAAACAGUCUCAUCGCUCGCGCUCGAAUCUUCUACCGAAGCCAGCAUGAGAUCCAGACGUACGUCUAGCACCAAUAAUCCCAGCAAGAAUCGCAAACGAACAAAGAACAAGACAAAGAAUAAAAAAGGAACUACAGGAACUGCAGGAACUACAGGAACUACAGGAACUAAAGGAACUACAGGAACUAAAGGAACUACAGGAACUAAAGGAACUAAAGGAAGCAGCAACAAGAAUAAAAACAAGUCUACUAAAAGCAGACCAAAAGCGAGAGCCACUCUGUACGGAUUGGCGUCCCUGCAGAGAGCAGGCGACGUAUCGGUGAACAUGAUGAGUGAUCAUACGACCAUUAAAACCAAGUUCAGUCUGGGACCACUCGUACUGAAAGUCGAGAAGGAGUUUGGACGAGCCGCGAAGAAAGAGUUGAGAAGCGCGACCGCUACCACGGCCGAGAUGUCCGGCAAAUUGAGUCUACGUGUGUUGCACGGAGGUGCGGCGACGCUGCAUUCUAUUCGAGUUUUACAACCUAAACAGGUUCGAGUGGAAAGCCAGGACGAUCACGAUAGAACGCGUGAGUUUGUAUGGAAGAGAUCAUCGCAUAUCGCACAUUUGGUGUCGCAGAAACUUUCUUCGGCCACCAGGUCGAUGCUUCGACCACCACCUGCCGCUUAAGCUACAUCUACUUCUUGGUCCAACUUAAAUCGUCAAUAUUCGCCAUCGAAGAAUCAUGUGGAUUGAACGCAGCGCGCGAUACGUACUGCUGCGCGCAAUCAUUUUAAUGGCAUUGCUUAUCGAAUCACUGGUUAUCGAAACUGCGCCGUUUGACUUUGACAAAUAUAUGUGUACAAUUAAAUUCGCAUUAAACGACGCGCAUCGAUCACCUUUUCUUUUACUCGCGAAAUAAACCGAAACAAGAAACAAUUUACACGCGAGAAAAAGUAAUGAAUAUAUGUAAGAGAUGCUCCACUUCCACUGUUCUUUUCAAAUAAUUGAUUUAUUUGGUCAACUUAAGAAUCAAUUUUUGCUCGACAAAAAAACACUUGUGAUUCUCGAGCAAUUAAACAAAAAAUUUCUUGCUUUAAGCUUAAAUUCCGACAAAAAAAUGACAAAUUUAUAUUCUUCAAUUCAUUUCAACUUAAUUCGAGACUAAAGGAUAUUAAAGAUGCAGUAUUGAUUGACUUUUUCUCAUUAUCGCUACAAAAAAUUGGUUCCACAAAUUAUUCAAAAGGUUUAAAAAUAAUAUAGCAGAAGAGGGACAUCUUAUAUAUUAUAGGUUUCAUGUUGGACCAAUUUCGGAUAAUUGUACUUUAUUUAUUAUUUAUUUAUUUAUUUGUCACAUAGCUUGUAAUUUGUCUUCAGAAAGUCUGAUAUAUGUACUCUAGGAAUAUGGUUAAAUAUAAAACAUGUAGGCGCAAGCCAUUAUACGAAUUAGGCCGUUUUGUUUGGACAAGUGUAAACAGAAACCUGUUGCCAGAAUUUUAGAAUACAGAAUAUAUAUAAACUAAUA